UUGACAGAGAUAGAGUCUAUGUGAUGCUCUUAGUCUAAUGUGAAAUAGUGAAGGAAGCAGCUCGGAAGAGAAACUCCUGAAGUGCUUUAUUUUUGGACGACUACCUCUUUAACUUCACUUUUAAUCCUCCUCCAUUGACCAAAUCCCACUUUUUUCUUACUUUAUACUUUCUUGUAUAUAUUUUUUCUCUCUCUCACGAACCCAACUUCUUCAUCAUCAGUCUGCAUCCCACUAUUUCGGCCCGCCCGCCGCAUCCACGCCCUGAUAUUUGAUCCAGUGCGGUGGCAGCUGUUGGCUCUCUGCAGGCUCUACAUGGCUGAAUAAGUGGUUUGAAAGAAGAGAGGGGGGCUUGCUCUGGUGGUUUUCUCUGAGGGUCGCGAAGUUGCAGUCAGGACCGGGACAAAGUGGAGGAGGAUGGCGGUGGCUCUGGAUGAAGUGUGGGGGCGGGUGAAGAACGUCUGCAAGCAGAACGGGCUGCUCAUCCUGUCUGUGCUGGCCGUGGUCAUCGGCUGCCUGCUGGGCUUCUUCCUCAGAGGCAAGCAGCUUUCCGAGCAGGAGGUGAAGUACUUCCAGUUUCCCGGAGAGCUGCUAAUGAGGAUGCUGAAAAUGUUAAUUUUGCCCCUCGUCGUAUCCAGUUUGAUGUCGGGUCUAGCAGCGCUGGACGCCAAGUGUUCCAGCCGCUUGGGCAUCAUGACCAUUUCCUACUACCUCUGGACCACCUUUGUUGCCGUGGUAGUGGGCAUCGUCAUGGUGUACAUCAUCCACCCGGGUGGAGCUGCUCAGAAGGAGGACUCUGAGGACAGCAAGAAGCCGAUGACCAGCUCUGCUGAUGCUCUGCUGGAUCUCAUUCGCAACAUGUUUCCAGCCAACUUGGUUCAAGCUACGUUUCAACAGUAUCGAACCCAAAGAGUCCCAGAACUCAUCCCCAAACCAACGGUGGCUCAGCUCCUGGAUGAGACCACCACACGAAGGGUCUACAUCUAUGGCAUUCAGGAUGACAACGGCAGCGAUGUCCAGAACUUCUCCCUGGAUCUCACGCCGCCUCCUGACGUCAUCAUGAAAACAUCACCCGGCACCAGUGAAGGCAUGAACGUGCUGGGGAUUGUGAUUUUCUCUGCAACUAUGGGAAUAAUGCUGGGAAGAAUGGGACCCAAUGGAAGUGCUUUGGUCAACUUCUGCCAGAGUUUGAAUGAGGCAGUUCUGAAGAUUGUUGCCAUUGUCAUUUGGUAUUUCCCCUUUGGUAUUGUGUUCCUGGUUGCUGGAAAGAUCUUGGAAAUGGACGAUCCUUCCGCCAUGGGAAAGAAGCUGGGCUUUUACGCCAUCACUGUGGUAAUGGGUUUGGUGCUGCAUGGCCUAUUCAUCCUCCCUGCUAUGUACUUCUUCAUAACUAAGAAGAGCCCUAUAGUUUACAUCAGAGGCAUUCUACAGGCCCUGCUGAUCUCCUUGGCCACCUCCUCCAGCUCUGCCACUCUGCCUAUCACCUUUAAGUGCCUCCUUGAGAACAAUCACAUUGACAGACGCAUCAUCCGCUUCGUGCUGCCGGUCGGGGCCACCAUCAACAUGGAUGGUACAGCACUCUACGAGGCGGUGGCAGCCAUCUUCAUCGCCCAAGUGAAUAAUUAUGAGCUCGACUUUGGGCAGAUCAUCACCAUAAGCAUCACUGCGACGGCCGCCAGCAUCGGUGCAGCUGGAAUCCCUCAGGCCGGCCUUGUUACCAUGGUGAUCGUGUUAACCUCUGUGGGUUUGCCCACUGAUGACAUCACCCUAAUCAUCGCCGUUGAUUGGGCUUUGGAUCGAUUCAGGACCAUGGUGAAUGUGAUGGGUGACGCUCUGGCCACAGGCAUCAUGGCUCAUAUCUGCAGAAAAGAUUUUGUCAAAGAGGGAGAGCAGGUACCUCUGAUAUGUGAAACUAAACCCAUGAUAAGCAUCCAGCAAAUGAUGACCUACCAGAACCAGAAGAACGGCUGCUACCAGCCGCCUCCACCGGGCAGCAAACAGGACCACAUCUCCCCGGACGUGGCCCGCCUGAUCCAGCUAGAGGAGGGGAUUCGGCCAAUCGAGAAGAAGAAGCACGCUCACUCUUCUCAUCACAAGAGAGAGCACAGGGACAAGGACCACUGUUCCAUUGACAUGAACGGGCUGGAGACUAAUGUAUAAAACCCACUGCUCUGCCAACAUCUACUGGCACAGCUACAGCAGCGAAAAUCACCAGGAGAGGAAGAUACACUGAAGAGCUGGGGUGAUUGAGUUCACACACUGUUCUUCUCCUGGAGAGCGGCCCAGAGUCGAUGUACGCUGGGGGGGAAAAAAAACAGACUAUUUUUUUCUACAUAACCUAAAUGAUGACCCACAUUUGACUGUGUAUGUUUGUGUGUGUACAUAUUUAUCACAGAUGUAUUAUAUGGUAGCAGCAGUGACAGUGUGCUGCUCUGAGUGACUUUAAAUAAAGAUCCUGAUGAUUGACUAGCAUCAGAUCUGUGAGCCAGCCCCUCUUAAAGGAGUGGAAAUGGAAAACACAAUAGCUAAUAUCAGAUUUAAUUAAUGGCACCUUUUCAUCUGUGGACUGCAGAUGAAACGGAAAACAUCAACUCAUAUCUUUUUCAUUUAUUACGGUCUGAUGUGGUUUUUAGCAUAAUAUUGGUUGGGGGUUUUGUAUAUUUCUUUUUUUUGUCAUUGUGUUCUUUAUCAUGAAUCUCAGGCAAAAUGUUGCCUGUUUGGGACAUAUUACCAACAGAUCUCAAUAAAGCUAGCAAACACAGAGAAAGUGGGACAAAGAAGAUGGUUGAGUUGUAACAAGAAAAUCUGCUUAAAUGCACAUAUGGAAAUAUAUGAUUUUUUGACGUAAAAAACGGGGAUUCUUUUCAAGUUCCCCAAAUUUUUCAGCAAUACCUUUCCUUAUACUUCUCUGCCUUGUUGUCCUGAGCCUAAGUGGGUCCUCUUCCUCCUACCGCUAGUACGGUGCAAUUAAGGCAACAUAAUGAUAAAGAUCACAAUUAAAAGAAAGAUGAGUGUUUGCCCUUGUGUUGAAGUCAUGUCAGGUUGUCUCUGCACCCCACUGCAUUCCCUCUUUGCCUUAAACGACCAAAGGAGAAGAAUUCGGGACCGGCGCAUAACAGCUGAGACAAAACAACGCAAGUCAACAAUCACAAGUCGUACUCUGAUCUCUGUCCAUAUAUAUGUAAUAUAUGCUGUACAUGUAUGUAUUUCAAAAGUUUAAAAAAUCUAGAUUUUACCACCAUGUCAGUAUGCUUCAAGAGCUGCCAUUCUGUAUUCUUUUAAAGGAACAUUUCACUGUAGUCCAAAAUUUAUAAAAAUGUACCAACUCUGUAAAAUGGAAAAGAAAUGAAAAAUAUAUCCAAAAUCUAGAAACACUA